CUUAUAAUGUUGUGUUGUCAAGUCUUUCUGAAACACAAUCAUCACUGAAACACAAAGCAAUCAUUCAUUUCAUUCUACUACCAUGGGAAAUUGCAUGAAUGUCCUGUGCUGUUCAGAAGAAGAAAAGAGUGAAACUCUCAUCUCCAACAAAGAAGACAUAGAUUCCAGUAGUAUUCGAAUGCCGGUUAAGAAGAUCUGUCAUGGUGUUUGUCGAAGCUCCAAGGUGGCCGACCACCAGUAUGCCCGUUUGCUGACCAAGGAUGCAAAGCUGGAGCAGGGUAAAGUUAAGAUAGUUUUGACAAGGCAACAGCUGGAGCUGCUUCUUAAGAAUGCUAAGGAAUUGAAGAACAAGGGGAUCAGAAUAAGAGUCUCCCAGAGUCAUAAGGAAUGCAAUAGCAGGAAAUGGCAGCCGUCUUUAGCCACCAUCCCGGAGGUGAAGAUAUUUUGAGAUGGGUAGAGUUAACAUAAUGACUGCUUCAUCAGCUGUAUUUUGAAAGCAAAUCUAUAUGGGAUGUGUAUAUGUUUACAGAGCAAUUUUUUCACAAUGCUCCAAACCUUUUCUUCUUUUGCCCCCCCCCCCCCCCCCCCCCCCCCCCCCCCCCCCCCCCCCCCCCCCCCCCCCCCCCCCCCCCCCCCCCCCCCCCCUUUUUUUGGUCAAAGAAGAGUUCUUGAACUUUGACAUGGUUUUAGCUUGAUUAGUAGAAGUGUAGAAUUGUUGGUCUGUUGAAGCAGAACUUUAGUUCAAUACAAAAGAUUAUACUAU